CUGCCGGCAACGUAGUAUGUUUUGUCGCCGAUCCGAUUUUGUUUCUCAGUCGACAUAGUUCCCGGCCGACUACGAUAAUCGACCCGCUGUGUUGUCGUGUGCCGUGUUAUCAUUUGUUUUGCUAGAGAAAUACGUCGUGUGUCUUUUGUUUUUACCGCCCCGGCCGGCUGGAUUUUCCUAUUUUUUUAAAAUUUUUUUUGUAUCCUUGGUGGCAGCUUUUUUUGGAUUGGUAGGCAAGGAAUCUUCUUAAUCCAGAACACCGUCUUAAAAAUGCCCGAACUUUUAAACCCCUAAACCAUCGAUUUCCGCAUUGACCACGAUGCUCUCCUAUAUGCUGCCGGUGGAGGAGAAACCUCCACCGGGUCCCAAAGGUCACCUGCAACUCACACUCGCGCACCAAAGCCAGAACGGACACACCAGCAGUGGUAAUCCCUCUAAUCAGAUACUUACUAAUGGAAAGUCGCGGCCACCUUUAAAUACUCCAAUAAGUAAGGAGAGUAGCGUGAGUAGUUUUGUAAGUGACACCACGGCUACAGCGAGUCAUAGCUCCAUGACACCUACUAGUACGAGUACGGAUCGGGGGAAGCCAAAAUUCAGUAUGAAUGGAAAGCACCAAUCGUUAAAAAGGGUAUCGUUUGGUAGCUCAAAAGGCUCAAUGGUGGAAACCCUAAUAUUCGAAAGCCCCCUGCAGGAAGAACCCGAACCAAGUCCUAUUCCGGAAAAUGGAAUCUCACUUACAAACGGCUGUGAUAAAGAAGACGAACGAGAGAAAGUACGAGUGACCUUUUUCCAACAAUCGAAACCUCAAGAGGUCGACCUACCGGAUGAUCCGCCAUUUUGUGACAGCGAGUUCAUCAUGUCGUCUCCGGUUAUGAAAAACGAUUCCAACCAUGUCAUUUACAAUAGAACUGAAAGUACAGAAAGUGGCUGGGACAACCCUUUCCGACCUGGUGGCGAUCUUUCACGAGAAGCCGACCAAAUUGUAGAAUUAAUCAAAGGCGGUAAACCAAUUACCCCCACUCCUGGUAGUGAAGCGCCGCCGCUGCCCUCUGGUGACGACUCGCUGGAUCAAAACCAUACGAGUCUUGGAGAUUCAGUCGAUGCUGUCAGUCCAAAAAAGACAACAUCGGCACUAAAUGCCACGACCUCCAACAACCAGAGUAAAACUAACGGCACCACCGAAAAAACUCCCACUCCAGGACAAGUAGACGUGCAACGUAGUACGAUAAAAGCCGAAGGAGAUGGCGCGCAAGUCGAGCAUGUGACCCUUAAGAAGAAAAAAGGGUGUCAAUGUUGCGUGUUGUCCUAAAGUAGAUAUCAGCUAGAAGGAAACGCCGUGAUAGACAUUCUCUAAUGUGUUGAAUGCGCAGGCGUCAUUUAAAAGGUGUUUUGAAAAUGUGUGGGCUUGUAAAAAUCAAAAUUAAUCAAGUUAGGUACAUUUCAAAUCAAAGUAAAAUUAAGUGAACAAUCUAUAUCGUAAUACUACAGCUUUGCUAAAUAUGAACUUUUUAUGGCUUGACUUCUUUUUAUUAAAAUCUCACCAAGGCUACGCAUUUUCAAAUUUCUGCACCUAAUUUUUUAUCCAGUGAAAAUCAAUUAGAGACUCGUCGAGGCCGAGUUAAAGAAAAUUUGAAAUUAUUCUUAAUUUCGGAAAUGGUGGAUAUAAUGUGCUAAUAUGUGAUUAUUUUUAUAGUAGAAUAUAUAUUUAAAUAGUGGUGUAUUUCAUAUUAUGUUAUUUGUUAUGUCUCGUUUUCCAUUUGUAAAAUAAUAAUUUACAUUUGGAAUGCACGACUAUUAUUUUGUUUAUUUAUAUCACUGUUUUACAAUUUUGACAUGAUUUCUUACAAAAUAUCAUUAUUUUGAUCAAGACCUGAAGACGGUUCUUAUAAAUACGCGAAAAUACUCAAUAUAUUAAAUUAUAUUCUCAAAAAACAAAUAGAAUUUGUAAAAAACUAGAAACAAAUAAAUAUUUUUGAAUCUUAUGUUUGACAGCAAAAUAGUGUACAUACCAAGUACAAAAAAGGAGAUAAUAUAAAAAAAUACAUGUUUAUAUAUAAUGAUAAUUUAUUGUAACUUAAUUUAAAUUGGAGUUUCGAUAUUUACAUAAAAAAAAUAUACUUUUUUGGUGUUUAGAAAAAUUAGAAUGUUAGUUUUUGAAAAAUAUGUGUAAGUACACUAUUAAAUAAAAUGUAUUUUUAUGUAUAUGUGCCCAAUGCUUGAUACUUUUAAAUUAAUAUUGACAAUAAAAGUUAGCGUGAUCCUUAGCAAUGGUCAUGGAAAUUGGAAUUUUUUAUUAAUAAACGUAGGAAUUUAGUAGCAGCAAUAUCUGAAUUACCCAUAUAGUUUUAUGCAACUUUAGUAUUUUACAAUUUUAUUGGAAACAAAUGGGUCUACGUGUUAAAUAAUUAAAGCUAUUUUUCUUGUAUGUAAAAUUAAGUACUUAAUUCUGACAAGAUAAAUUUCUAUUCACAUAUUUCGAUUAAAAUAAUUCAAGCUUAACAUCGAAAAUAUGUAGUAGAGGUUAUUUAAAUAUAUUGACAAGUAAUCAGAAAAUGCUGUAAAUUUAAUGCUAUUCCUUACUUGAUGUAAGUCAUUGGGAUAAUGAAAUAUUAGAUCUAAUAAAUUAAGUUAAAGAAAGUAAGAAAUGGUUGAAAUUAUUAAUAUGCUACAAGCACUGGAAGAUCAAGGGUUGCUCUAAUUACUUCUUAUUUAAAAAGAUUUAAUUCAGUAAUUUGAGGUAUUGGCACUUUUGUAUAAUCUGUGUUCUUACAGAUUUGUUCAUUAGAUCUACCCUACUCUAUAAAAGACUAAAAGACACUAUUUUAUAAAUGCAUUCGGAUAGUAUUUACUAAUUUUUCAAGAUAAUUCUUCACUUAUGUUCCUUAGUAAUGGGAUGUGAGAUGGACUUUUCAGUCUAAACAUUUUUUGAAAUUUGUACCAGCAAUAGCAGUCUCAGCAUUUUUUAGCUAAUCUAUUGAAUUCAAAGGGUAAAAUUUACGUUCCUACUACUUAAUUAUGAUCUUCAGUCAUUCAUAAUAUUUAUCAAAUGUUGAUGCUAUUUCCAUUGAUUAACGAAUUAGCAUUAAAUAAUAAAUUUUUGUCAAUCUUAACUUUAAUAAUAACUAUUGGAAAGAACAUUGUAUCUCUUAUAUGAUCUUAAUAUGAUUCCCUAUUCAGUUUUAAUCUGCUUUUUAAGAUGUUUUUCUCUCUUUUAUUAUUACUUUUUGAUCAUUUUGCUAUUGAUAUAUCAUAUUGUUGUAUUAAUUUUCUUAGUAUCAAAGAUUGGGACAUCUUGUACAGUACAACUAAUUUCUCAAUAUUUAUUUUUGACUUUCCAAAAUAUUAAAAAAUUACUUUUAAAUUUCAAAUUGCAUUUACAAAAUACUAUAUUAAAUUGCCUCUCUAAAAAAAAAGUAUGCAUAUAAAUAUACAUUAUGUUUUAUAUACGGUAUUUAUUUUUAGUUGUGUAAGUUAUUUAAAAAAACGGCGACUUUUGAGAUCUUGAUUAGUAUAUUGAGUUUAAUAUUUAGUCAAUGUGGGCAACUAGUCAAAAUAAAUAGGCUAAUAUUUUUCGUAACGAUUGGCUAAAUAUUCAUGUAAUAUUUAGAACAAUAAAAAAAUCUCGUUUUUCCUAUUUAUUUGCUUAUAUAUUAUAUUAUAUAAAAAAAAUGGGGCAGAACAUCUUUAAAGCAUUUCUCAAAAACAAAAAUUUGGACGUGAUUUUUAAUAUUUUGGAAGGCUUCUUUAUACGAUUAUUUAUUAUUAUUAUUUUUUAUUUACAAAAGUAGAAAUAAUGUAAUGUUUUUAAAAUCCAAUCGAAGUAUUUUAGAAAAUAGAGCAAGAUUUCUUUUUUAUCUUGAGGUAGCUAAAGCGCAGCUUAGGAGCUUUUAUAUUGAUCUAUUUUUUCAUUAUUAUUUUAAAUACCUUAUAAAGAGUUUAUUUACAAUUAUAAAACUAGCGGCAUAGUUUCAACCUUUUUCUUUUUGUUACAGUUUUUAAUUUUAUAUAAAUGAAACUACUAAGGAAGAAUAUAUAUUAUUUUGCGGAACAAAAUAAUUUGUCUUUUUUUGUAUAAGUUAUUAGUUCUUAUGUAUUAUAUUGUAAUAUAAAGAUAUAAAUUUAAUUUGUAUACCAAACGCUAUUAUAAUAACGCAUUAAAAUUACUUGUGAAGUACA